AUGGCUCAGGGAAGGGGCAGUGCUCGUGGCAACAGCGCCGCCGUGCUGGCGCUUGUCCUCCUCUGCGUGCUCCUCCACGGCGAGUUCGCCGAGUCGGCGGUGUACACCGUCGGUGACCGCGGCGGGUGGAGCUUCAACACCGCUAACUGGCCCAAGGGCAAGCGCUUCCGCGCCGGCGAUGUGCUCGUGUUCAGGUACAACGCCAAGGCGCACAACGUGGUGCCCGUGAGCGCGGCGGGGUACAGGUCGUGCAGCGCGCCCAAGGGCGUGAGGGCGCUCACCACCGGGAACGACCGCGUCACGCUGAAGCGCGGCGCCAACUACUUCAUCUGCAGCUUCCCAGGCCACUGCCAGGGCGGCAUGAAGAUCGCCGUCACCGCCGCGUGA